AUGAAUUGGGGAAUAGAGUUAUGGGAUCAGUAUGACAUCAUAGCAGAUCACACGCAGAAGGGGAUAGAUUUUUGUGAGAAGUAUCAUCACUUUCUCAAAGAAAGAUGUACUAUAGAAUUUGAAUAUGCCAAUAAACUCAAGAAAUUAGUCAAGAAUUAUCAGCCAAGGAAAAAAGAUGAAGAUGAAUAUCAGUACUCCUGGGCGAAUGGAUUUCUGGACAUGAUCAAGGAGCUACAUGAUCUGGCUGGACAACAUGAAGUUAUUGCAGAAAACACACAGAGCUCUGUCAUCAAGGAGCUGCAAGCCCUUGUCGCUGAACUCAAGGCAGACCGUAAAAAGUAUCUGUUAGAUGGAUCUAAAGUACAGGAACAGCUGAAAGCAUCAAAGACACAGUUAGAAAAGAGUAGACGACAGUAUGAAAAAUCCUUUAAAGAGUCAGAAAAAGCUCUGGAGGCUUACCGCAAAGCUGACGCGGAUAUCAACCUAUCUCGUGCCGAGGUGGAAAAGCAAGCGAAAUAUAAACAGUAUCUAGAGGCGCAUAGAAACCAGAUGAUGUUGAAAGGUCAACAGUGUGAGAAGUGUAAAAAUGACUACGCUGCCCAACUCCAGCAGACAAACACCCAACAACGGGACCAUUACACUGCACUCAUGCCACAAGUCUUUCAGCAACUACAACACAUGGAUGAGAAUCGAAUAAAUCGACAACAAGAGUUUUUUAAGCAGUGUGCGAGUAUAGAACGUAACGUGAUACCUAUCAUUAAUACUUGUAUAGAUGGCAUGGAGAAAGCUGCGGGAUCUAUUGACGCCAAACAAGAUUCCAAACUUGUGGUGGAUAAAUAUAAGUCUGGCUUCCCAAUGCCAGAUGACAUUCCUUUUGAUGACCUUAGCAGUAGCCCUUUCCCUGAGUCCAAUAGUAACCAUCACAACACACCUGUUGGUACCACCAAGUCCAACACUUUUUCAGGGCGCAACAAAAACAAGCAGAAACGUGGUGGCAUCAUGAACUUGUUUAGUGGCUCAAAGACGUCAGUAACCAAAACUGAUGAAUCAAAGGAAGAUUUUAGUGAUUUACCACCAAAUCAGAGAAGAAAAGCCCUGCUGAAAAAGAUUGAUGGCUUUAAGAAGGAUAUAGCACGGGAAACUGCAGAAAGGGAGGGCAUGCUGAAGAUGAAGGAGGUUUAUGCCAAGAAUCCAGCCUUGGGUGACCCACACACCUUGGACAAAAAAGUUGAAGAAAAUGCACAGAAACUAGACAGUCUCAAUUCAGAACUUCGAAAGUUUCAGAAUUUCCUGGCUGAUGCUGAAGGGAAGCAGCGUAAUAGUGGAUCUGAUGACUCCAUAUCUCAUAGUACUUCAGAGGGUAGCGUUCAGAAUUCCAAUGUGGUAUCAGCGCCAGGCACACCACAGGCCCAGCAUGCAGUCUAUGAGGUGUACGACCCCCACAUCAGUGAUGAUGAGUUUGAUGAUUAUCCUGUGCCUCCCAGUUCUAUCCCGGACGAGGACAUGAUGCCAGAAUCCAUAGAACAGGAACCAGUGGAACCAAUAGAAACAGAGGAAUUUGAGGAGGAAACCUUCCAAGUGAUUGGCACUUGUCGGGCUGUGUACAGGUUUGAUGCUGACAAUGGUAGUUCUGUGUCGAUGGAGGAAGGUGAGGAGAUGGCCGUGAUAGAACAAGACCAGGGCGAUGGCUGGACCCGGGUCAGAAGGAAGGAUGAUACGGAAGGAUUCGUGCCCACGUCAUAUAUACAGUGUCACUUCUACGAUCAAGAUGAGGUUUGA